AGGUGGCGCUUCGGGAGGUGGAGGAUGACAUGUGACCCUUGACGUCAUCGGUGGACCCGAAGUCCGAUCGGCCGAACGCGCAGGAGGACGGGAGGAUCGCAUUACAUCCCGGUGGGCUGAGGCGUGCUGUUCACCACCAACAUGGGGGACCUCUUUCGAAGCGAGGAGAUGACGUUGGCCCAGCUCUUCAUGCAGUCGGAGGCCGCAUACUGCUGUGUCUCUGAGCUGGGAGAGUUGGGGAUGGUCCAGUUUCGAGACCUGAAUCCAGAUGCGAACGUGUUCCAGCGGAAGUUUGUCAACGAGGUUCGUCGUUGUGAGGAGAUGGACCGCAAGCUGAGGUUUGUGGAGAAGGAGAUCAGAAAGGCCAGCAUCCCGAUUGUGGACACAGGAGAGAAUCCAGAGGUGCCCUUUCCACGGGACAUGAUUGAUCUUGAGGCCACCUUUGAGAAGCUGGAGAAUGAACUGAAGGAGAUCAACACUAACCAAGAGGCCCUGAAGAAGAACUUCCUUGAGCUGACAGAACUCAAGCACAUCCUGCGCCGCACCCAGCAGUUUUUUAACGAGGCUGAAUUGCGUCAUCACCAGCAGAUGGAGGACCCCAGCUUGCUGGAGGAAUCCUCAAUUUUGAUGGAUCCCAAUGAGAUUGGCCGAGGGGCACCACUGAGGCUCGGGUUUGUCGCCGGAGUGAUUGGCAGGGAACGGAUCCCCAUGUUUGAGCGGAUGCUGUGGAGGGUGUGCCGUGGGAAUGUUUUUCUGCGGCAAGCGGACAUUGAGGAUCCUCUGGAGGACCCCGGGACGGGAGACCGCGUUUACAAAUCGGUGUUCAUUAUCUUCUUCCAAGGUGACCAGCUGAAAAACAGGGUGAAGAAGAUAUGCGAGGGAUUCCGGGCAUCGCUGUACCCCUGUCCUGAGACGCCCCAGGAAAGGAAGGACAUGGCCUCCGGGGUCAACACACGCAUCGAUGACCUGCAGAUGGUGUUGAACCAGACAGAAGACCACCGUCAGAGGGUCUUACAGGCUGCUGCUAAGACACUGAGAGUGUGGUUCGUCAAGGUUAGGAAGAUGAAGGCCAUCUAUCACACCCUCAACCUCUGCAACAUUGACGUCACCCAGAAGUGUCUGAUUGCCGAGGUGUGGUGCCCUGUGUGCGAUCUGGACUCCAUACAGUUUGCCCUGCGCAGAGGGACGGAGAGGAGCGGCUCCACUGUGCCUUCCAUCCUCAACAGGAUGCAGACCAAGCAGACCCCACCUACCUAUAACAAAACCAACAAAUUCACUUCUGGUUUCCAGAACAUUGUGGACGCCUAUGGGAUUGGGACAUACCGGGAGAUGAAUCCAGCUCCCUAUACCAUCAUCACCUUCCCUUUCCUGUUUGCGGUCAUGUUUGGGGACCUGGGUCAUGGAGUGGUCCUGACCUGUGCCGCACUUUACCUUGUCCUCAGGGAAAGGCAGCUCUUUGCCAAGAAGAUUGACAAUGAGAUGUUCAGCAUGGUCUUUGCUGGACGUUACAUCAUCCUUUUGAUGGGAAUCUUCUCUAUUUAUACGGGGAUCAUCUACAAUGACUGUUUCUCCAAGUCCCUAAACAUCUUUGGCUCCGGCUGGAGUGUGAAGGCAAUGUUUGGAGAAAAUGGAGCAAACUGGACAGCUGAGACACUUCAAGGAAACGCGGUGCUGCAGUUGGAUCCAAACAUAAAAGGAGUCUUCAGUGGACCGUAUCCAGUCGGAAUUGAUCCGAUUUGGAACAUUGCCACCAAUAAGCUGACUUUCCUCAACUCCUUCAAGAUGAAGAUGUCUGUCAUCCUGGGUGUUAUUCACAUGAUGUUUGGUGUCACUGUCGGCUUAUUCAACCACAUAUACUUUAAAAAGCCCAUUAAUAUAUUUUUGGGCUUCAUCCCAGAGAUUGUCUUCAUGGGUAGCCUUUUUGGGUACCUGGUUGUCCUCAUCUUCUACAAGUGGACUACCUAUACAGCAGCCAUCUCUAGGGAUGCUCCCAGCUUGCUCAUAGCUUUCAUCAACAUGUUCCUCUUCAACUAUAAUGACCCCACAAACCAGCCGCUCUAUACAGGACAGAUGGCUGUCCAGUGUUUGCUGGUGGUUGUUGCCAUUGCGUGUGUUCCCUGUAUGCUGAUUGUGAAAACAGUGGUCCUUCGGCACCAGUACCUGUUGAGAAAGCGCUUGGGCACACAGAACUUCGGUGGUAUCCAUGUUAGGAAUGGGCCCACAGACGAUGAAGCGGAGAUCAUCCGUCACGAUCAGCUCUCACAGCACACAGAGGAUGAGAAUGAGGCUGAGGAGGAAGUGUUCAACUUGGGCGAUGUGGCGAUCAACCAGGCCAUUCAUACCAUUGAGUAUUGCUUGGGCUGCAUCUCCAACACGGCCUCCUACCUGCGUCUCUGGGCCCUGAGUCUGGCCCAUGCACAGCUUUCAGAAGUAUUGUGGUCCAUGGUGAUGCACCUCGGCCUUUCCUCUCGGAGCCUUGCAGGCUUCAUUGGCCUGUCCAUCAUCUUCUUCUUCUUUGCCACACUUACAGUUUGCAUCCUGAUCAUCAUGGAGGGUCUGUCUGCCUUCCUACAUGCAUUACGUCUUCACUGGGUGGAGUUUCAGAACAAGUUCUAUGCAGGACAGGGAUUCAAGUUCAUCCCAUUCUCCUUUGACAGUAUCUUGGAUGGAAAAUUAGAUGAAUAGAUAAAUCAUUUUUGUGCCUACUGGAGUUCUACACCUGUCUUCCAAAAGUCACUGUUGGCAUUAUGUAGUAUUUUUCACCUAUGUCUGUGUGCACUUUUCUGGGUAUUUGGUUUGAGUGUAUUUUCCAAGAUGACUGAAUUUCUGCAUCGAAAUCUCUUUUCACAAACUGUAGUGUCACAGGAAGAUCUAAGAUUUUCAAAAUGAAGCACCAAAGCAAUUUUAAAUACCCCGAGCUAGUCUAACCAAAAAAACACACCACAGUUUUGUCACAGUUGUGAAAUAAAUAUUUGUCUUAAAAUGUGGUGUUGGAAAACACAAAAGAUCAAAUAACACAAGCCACUUAAAGAAACCCUUGUGUGUCACUUCUUGUUUCUUCUGCAGCUUUAAUAAAAUCAGCUGAUUUUAAUAAUCGAUAAACAUUUCUAUAUUUUGGAGAACACACUAUUAUACAUACACGCUUGAGCUUUCAUACAGUGAUGAGGAGCUGUGGUGUGAGCUUUUCCUCUUUUUCCAAAUGUGCAAAAAGUCCUGGCUUUAUUGACACUUUUCUACUUAUUGGUCCGAUCACAGCUUGAACUGACUCAUCAGAAGAAUGAUUUCACAUCACAAAGUUAAAUCUUUAAUUUGGUACUCUGUUUACCUGUACUCUGUUCAUCUAUUAUAGCAUAAAGUGUGAGGUUCUACAUUUUGAUCGCAGCAUAAAUUGUUCAGCUGAUGCCAUUCAUGACAUUGAUUAUUUUUCUUGUGCUAACAAGGGUUUGGUAAAAAUCUGAGACAUUUCCUUUUUUGGUUCGCUCACUUGUAAGCCCUUUCACACGAUUUACUUUCUGAAGUCAUAACUGUUGGUCACCAUACACACACCCUUGUAUGUUUAUGGUUCAAAGGGAACAAGUACUUGCACGCUAAAGUGCCUUGAUAGAGAUCCAAAAACAUGGUAAAAUCUUUCACUGACAAGUCACUGUAUGAAAGUGCUUAGCAUGGCUGCUGCAUGCCACCCUAUGCUGAGUGAGCAUCAGGUACAGUGUGAACAUUUAUGAAUGCAUUAAGAAUAAUGAUCCUGCUGCUGUUAAAAUCUGAUUGCGUAGUCCAUUGAAAAAACAUCGUCGUCUUCUUACUGGGAUGUGUUCCUUUCACUCAUUCUUUCAUAGGCUGUUUUAAAUUAAACUACCAAACAACUGCAUUUCACAGGCAGCAUUUAACUUGGGACUUUUUUUCUUAUGCCCUAUUGUACACUUUGUAGUGCAGGCUGCUGGUGGUCUUUGUAUUGUGUUUUUGACUUUUUUUUUAUUUUUAUUUUAAAAUUACAUUCACUAGGGUGUUUCCUCAAAAAUCUAUUUUGCCUUAACGCUUGGACAAAGCUUGUUUCAGUGGUUAAAAUAAUUCACUUUUCCCUCAGCUUCAUAAACAGCUGUUAAGUAAUCCAAUGUCAGUGCAAAGCCCUUUGAAUUAUGUAGUGCUACUUAGUGAUACAUCUCAUGGAAAAACAAUGGCAUUUCUAAAGUCAUCAGAAGUAAUGCUGAAUAAUUUACGCACUCAAUAUUGUUCUGGUCUGAGUGUCUGAUUACUGAAUUACAUUUUCACUGUAUAUAUUUUAUUAAGGAUCACAACAGAUCUACUUGGAAAAUUAACUUUUUUCUCUCCCAAAAGAAGUUACUGUGAUCAGUAAGGUGGAAUGUGCUGUGUGAGAUUCACUAAGUGAGAUGUCCAGUUUACGCUGGAGCUUGUGUGUUAAAGUUAAUAAAGAAUGUACCAGUGAUAAA